AUGGCUUCCUCCGCGCAGAGCGGCGGCUCCUCCGGGGGACCCUCGGUCCCCACCGUGCAGCGGGGCAUUGUCAAGAUGGUCCUGUCAGGAUGUGCCAUCAUUGUCCGAGGGCAGCCUCGUGGUGGGCCUCCUCCUGAGAGACAGAUCAAUCUUAGCAACAUUCGAGCUGGAAACCUUGCCCGCCGAGCGGCUGCAGCACAACCAGAUGCAAAAGAUACGCCUGAUGAGCCCUGGGCAUUUCCUGCUCGAGAGUUCCUUCGGAAGAAGCUUAUUGGGAAGGAAGUUUGUUUCACGAUAGAAAACAAGACUCCCCAGGGACGAGAGUAUGGCAUGAUCUACCUUGGAAAAGAUACCAAUGGGGAAAACAUUGCAGAGUCUCUGGUUGCAGAGGGUUUGGCUACCCGGAGAGAAGGCAUGCGAGCUAAUAAUCCUGAGCAGAACCGGCUUUCGGAGUGUGAGGAACAAGCAAAGUCAGCUAAGAAAGGGAUGUGGAGUGACGGGAAUGGUUCACAUACUAUCCGGGACCUCAAGUAUACCAUUGAGAACCCAAGGCACUUUGUGGACUCACACCAUCAGAAGCCUGUUAAUGCUAUCAUCGAACACGUGCGAGACGGCAGUGUGGUCAGGGCCCUGCUCCUCCCAGAUUACUACCUGGUUACCGUCAUGCUGUCAGGCAUCAAGUGCCCAACUUUUCGACGGGAAGCAGAUGGCAGUGAAACACCAGAGCCUUAUGCUGCAGAAGCCAAAUUUUUCACCGAGUCUCGACUGCUUCAGAGAGAUGUUCAGAUCAUUCUGGAGAGCUGCCAUAACCAGAAUGUUCUGGGUACCAUCCUUCAUCCAAAUGGCAACAUCACAGAGCUCCUCCUGAAGGAAGGUUUUGCCCGCUGUGUGGAUUGGUCAAUUGCAGUGUACACUAGGGGUGCGGAAAAGCUGAGGGCAGCUGAGAGGUUUGCUAAGGAACGCAGGCUGCGAAUAUGGAGAGACUAUGUGCCUCCCACCGCUAACUUGGACCAAAAGGACAAGCAGUUUGUUGCCAAGGUGAUGCAGGUGCUGAAUGCCGACGCCAUUGUUGUGAAGCUGAACUCCGGUGACUACAAGACCAUCCACCUGUCCAGCAUCCGACCGCCAAGGCUGGAGGGGGAGAACACACAGGAUAAGAACAAGAAACUGCGUCCACUGUAUGACAUUCCCUACAUGUUUGAAGCCCGGGAAUUUCUUCGAAAGAAGCUUAUUGGGAAGAAGGUCAAUGUGACUGUGGACUACAUUAGAGCAGCCAGCCCAGCCACUGAGACGGUGCCUGCCUUUUCAGAGCGUACCUGUGCCACUGUCACCAUUGGAGGAAUAAACAUUGCUGAGGCCCUUGUCAGCAAAGGUCUGGCCACGGUGAUCAGAUACCGGCAGGAUGACGAUCAGAGAUCCUCUCACUAUGACGAGCUGCUCGCCGCAGAGGCCAGAGCUAUUAAGAAUGGCAAAGGAUUGCACAGCAAGAAGGAAGUGCCUAUCCACCGUGUCGCAGACAUAUCUGGGGAUACCCAAAAAGCAAAGCAGUUCCUGCCCUUUCUCCAGCGGGCAGGUCGUUCUGAAGCUGUGGUGGAAUAUGUCUUCAGCGGUUCUCGUCUCAAGCUCUAUUUGCCAAAGGAAACUUGCCUUAUCACCUUUUUGCUCGCAGGCAUUGAGUGCCCCCGAGGAGCCCGGAACCUCCCCGGCCUGGUGCAGGAGGGAGAACCCUUCAGCGAGGAAGCCAUGCUCUUCACCAAGGAGCUGGUGCUGCAGCGAGAGGUAGAGGUGGAGGUGGAGAGCAUGGACAAGGCCGGCAACUUCAUCGGCUGGCUGCACAUCGACGGCGCCAACCUGUCUGUCUUGCUGGUGGAGCACGCACUCUCCAAGGUCCACUUCACUGCCGAGCGCAGCUCCUACUACAAGUCCCUGCUGUCUGCCGAGGAGGCCGCCAAGCAGAAGAAGGAGAAGGUCUGGGCGCACUACGAGGAGCAGCCUGUGGAGGAGGUGCCGCCUGUGCCGGAGGAGAAGGAGCGCUCGGCCUCCUACAAGCCGGUGUUUGUGACCGAGAUCACGGACGACCUGCACUUCUACGUGCAGGAUGUGGAGACAGGCACCCAGCUGGAGAAGCUAAUGGAGAACAUGCGGAAUGACAUCGCCAGCCACCCUCCUGUCGAGGGCUCCUACGCCCCGCGCCGGGGGGAGUUCUGCAUUGCCAAGUUUGUGGAUGGAGAAUGGUACCGGGCCCGAGUCGAGAAAGUCGUGUCUCCUGCCAAAGUGCACGUCUUCUACAUCGACUACGGCAACAGAGAGAUCCUGCCAUCCUCCCGUCUGGGCACCCUGCCGCCUGCCUUCAGCACCCGCGUGCUGCCAGCUCAAGCCACAGAGUACGCCUUCGCCUUCAUCCAGGUGCCCCAAGACGAGGAUGCUCGGACAGACGCCGUGGACAGCGUGGUGCGGGACAUCCAGAAUACCCAGUGCCUGCUCAACGUGGAGCACCAGAGCACCAGCUGCCCCCACGUCACCCUGCAGUUUGCCGACUCCAAGGGGGACGUGGGGCUGGGCCUGGUGAAGGAGGGGCUGGUCAUGGUGGAGGUGCGCAAGGAGAAGCAGUUCCAGAAAGUGAUCACAGAAUACCUGAAUGCCCAGGAGUCCGCCAAGAGUGCCAGGUUAAACCUGUGGCGCUACGGAGACUUCCGAGCCGAUGACGCGGAUGAGUUUGGCUACAGCCGCUAA